AUGCUGAGAGGGACACUCAAGGGUUGUUUAAAUAUGCCUAAAGUUAUAGUCAUUGCUGGUACCACGGGAGUGGGAAAGUCCCAAUUGUCCAUACAGUUAGCUCAAAAAUUCAACGGUGAAGUCAUCAAUUCAGAUUCUAUGCAAGUUUACAAAGAUAUACCCAUUAUAACGAAUAAGCAUCCGAUUUCAGAGAGGGAGGGCGUUCCUCAUCACGUCAUGAACCAUGUCGAUUGGUCCGAAGAAUAUUAUUCGCAUCGUUUUGAGACUGAAUGCAUCGAGGCCAUUGAAGAUAUCCAUCAAAGAGGUAAAAUACCCAUCGUCGUAGGGGGGACACAUUAUUACUUGCAGACUCUUUUCAAUAAAAAAGUAGAUACGCAGUCGUCAGAGCGUAAGCUCACGGAGGAACAGCUGGACAUUUUGCAAUCGAAUGACCCUGAGACCGUUUAUAAAACUCUUGUAAAAUGUGAUCCGGAUAUUGCGAACAAAUAUCAUCCUAAUGACUAUAGAAGAGUACAAAGGAUGCUGGAAAUCUACUAUAAAACGGGCAAAAAACCAAGCGAAACAUUCAAAGAACAAGAAAUUACGUUGAAGUAUGAUACCCUAUUUCUAUGGUUAUACAGCAAGCCCGAACCACUUUUCCAGAGGCUGGACGAUCGCGUGGAUGUAAUGCUAGAAAGGGGCGCCUUGCAGGAAAUCGAACAAUUAUAUGAAUACUACAAGCAAAAUAAUUUCACCCCGGAACAGUGCGAGAACGGUGUUUGGCAAGUUAUCGGCUUCAAAGAAUUCUUGCCAUGGCUAAACAGCAAAUCCAAUGAUCACACAGUCAAAUUAGGAGAUUGCAUAGAAAGAAUGAAAACAAGAACACGACAAUACGCGAAAAGGCAGGUGAAAUGGAUCAAGAAAAUGCUAAUACCCGAUAUCAAAGGCGACCUUUACUUGCUAGAUGCCACCGACCUUUCCCAAUGGGACAUCACUGCUUCCCAAAGAGCAAUCGCCAUUUCUGAAGACUUCAUAAACGACUUGCCGAUAAGGCAGGAAAGAGCACCGGAAGGACUGCGGGAAUUGUUAUCCGAAGGCGAAACUACGAUGAAAAAACUGGACGACUGGACACAUUUUACUUGCAAUGUCUGUCGUAACACAGACGGUAAGAGUUUAGUAGCUAUCGGUGAAAAAUACUGGAAUAUUCAUUUGUGCAGCAGAAGACAUAAAUCUAACCUGAAGAGAAGUGCUCGGCAAGCUGACUUUGAAAAAUGGAAAAUACACAAAAAGGAAACAGUUGAGUAG